GCCCCGCCCGUCCCUGGGCGGUGUGCGCUCUUCGCACUCAUCCCCGAACUGAACUUGGGGUGGGAGUGCUGCCGCAUCGGUCAGGUCUCGGUCAUGGCUGUCCCGGCAGCUGCGCCCGGGGCCGGAGCGAGGCCCAGGUUAGAUCUGCAAUUUCUCCAGCGGUUCCUUCAGAUACAGAAGGUUUUGUUUCCCUCUUGGUCAUCACAAAAUGCCUUGAUGUUCCUGACCCUUCUGUGUGUGGUCCUGCUGGAACAGCUGGUUAUCUACCAGGUUGGCUUGAUUCCGAGUCAGUACUACCGGGUCCUGGGGAACAAAGACUUGGAUGGGUUUAAGAGCCUGACAUUCCUGGCUGUCAUGCUUAUCGUUCUCAACUCCAUGCUCAAGAGCUUUGACCAGUUCAUCUGCAACUUGUUAUAUGUGAGCUGGAGGAAGAACCUCACCGAACACCUCCAUCACCUCUACUUCCGGGGCCGCGUGUACUACACCCUCAAUGUGCUGCGGGAUGACGUCGAUAACCCGGACCAGCGCAUCAGCCAGGAUGUGGAGCGGUUCUGCCGGCAGCUCAGCAGCAUGGCCAGCCAGCUGAUUGUCUCCCCCUUCACCCUCAUCUACUACACGUAUCAGUGCUUCCAAAGCACAGGCUGGCUCGGGCCUGUGAGCAUCUUCGGGUAUUUCAUCCUGGGGACCAUGGUGAACAAAAUUUUGAUGGGCCCCAUCGUGGCAAAGCUGGUGCAGCAGGAGAAGCUGGAGGGGGAUUUCAGGUUCAAGCACAUGCAGAUUCGGGUGAAUGCUGAGCCUGCUGCUUUCUACAGAGCUGGGCACGUGGAGCACAUGAGGACGGACCGCAGGCUGCAGAGGCUCCUGCAGACCCAGAGGGAGCUGAUGUCCAAGGAGCUCUGGCUGUCCAUCGGCAUCAAUACAUUUGACUAUCUGGGCAGCAUCCUGAGUUACGUUGUCAUCGCAAUCCCCAUUUUCAGUGGGGUCUAUGGAGACCUGAGCCCCACAGAGCUUAGCACUCUGGUCAGCAAGAAUGCCUUUGUGUGCCUUUACCUCAUCAGCUGCUUCACCCGACUCAUCGACCUCUCCACUACGCUGUCGGACGUGGCGGGGUACACGCACAGGAUUGGGGAACUGCAGGAGACCCUGCUGGACAUGUCCCUGACGUCGCAGGACUCUGAGAACCUGGACGAGAGCGAGUGGGACUUGGACAAGGCCCCGGAAUGGCCAGCAGAGCCCGCAGACACAGCUUUUUUCCUUGAGCGGGUCUCCAUCUCUGCCCCCUCCUCUGAUAAGCCCCUAAUCAAGGACCUGGGCCUGAAGAUCUCCGAGGGCCAGAGCCUGCUCAUCACGGGCAACACAGGCACUGGCAAGACCUCGUUGCUGCGGGUUCUGGGCGGUCUCUGGGCGAGCACACGGGGCUCAGUGCAGAUGCUGACAGACUUCGGACCCCACGGGGUGCUUUUCCUGCCACAAAAGCCCUUCUUCACUGACGGGACCCUCCGAGAGCAGGUGAUUUAUCCCCUGAAGGAGAUCUAUCCAGACUCAGGUUCUACUGAUGAUGACAGGAUCAUGAGGUUCUUGGAGUUGGCAGGCCUGUCCAGCUUGGUGAUAAGGACAGGGGGCCUGGACCAGCAGGUUGAUUGGAACUGGUACGACAUUCUCUCUCCAGGGGAGAUGCAGAGGCUCUCUUUCACCCGGCUCUUCUACCUGCAGCCAAAGUAUGCAGUGCUUGAUGAAGCUACCAGUGCCCUGACAGAGGAGGUGGAGAGUGAGCUGUACCGUAUCUGCCAGCAACUGGGGAUGACAUGCAUCAGCGUGGGGCAUCGGCGCAGCCUUGAGAAGUUUCAUUCCUGGGUUCUGAAACUCUAUGGAGGAGGCAGAUGGGAGCUGACCAGAAUCAAAGCAGAAUGAAGUCAAGGAUGCAAACGGCCACCAGAAGGAGAGCCAAGCUCCGGCAGGUUGGGCAGUUCCCAGGAGAGACCGGACAGACUGACCAGGGAAGGAACGAGCCCAGGUUCGCCUCACAGGUCCUGUGUAGGGGGUGCAGGCAGCAGUGGGCUCAGCCUGAUGUGGGCCUCCAUGGGGCAUCCAGCCUCUGCCAGGGCUCGUCCUGCUGCCUCAGCUGGACCCUCCGUGUACGAAGUGCUUAUUACUUACAAGUUACUUCAGAUCGUGUUUUCUAAAGAAAAUCUGAACAUGUGGGAUCUAUAAGAAAUGAAGAGUCAAAGUGGAAAGGGAAUUGGAGUCAAGAGAUCCUGGAAUCUUUUGCUCUUAAAUCAGUUAAAUUUUGCAAUAGUAGAUUUUUAACUGUAAUUGACUGACUAAAUUUUAUAACUUUUUAAAAAACAAUUUUAAAAAUUUAAAAAAAAAUUGUUUUUGCAGUUUUUCCUUUCUGUCGUCUCUAUUAUAGAAUGAUCUUUUUAAUUGAAUCUCCAGACUUGUAUUUGAGAGCCUGGAGGGAAGGGAGCAGCACUCUCUGCUAUUCUGGAACCUUCUAUGCAUGGUUUUUCACUUCAUUUUGCAUCUCCCUCUUCUCCUUUUGUUAGUUGAGUAACUGAGCUACUAACCUCUAGAGCCCCAAUGUUUUUCCUGUCUUAACCCCAGAUAGAAAUAAAUCUCUUUUCCCUUAGUCAGCUAAAAUAAAUUUGGAAUUAAAAAAAAAAAAUCUAUAUUAGGGAACAACAAUAAAUUAAACAGACAAACCCCAGAAAGCACAAAAGCAUGGAAAGUUAUUGGCUCUAGAACAGUGUUCCCCAAAGUUCAGUUGUCCGCAUGCCACCUUCAUGACCUUUGUCAGCUGUGUGUACUGCUUGUACUGUUAACUGCUUUUAAUAUUUUCUUUAAAUCAACUCACUUUUUAAAAUUUAAAUGUAUCUUUUAAGCAAAUGUAUUUUAAAAGAAAUUUUACACUUGACAUAAAUAAAAAGUAUGUGAAAUAGAUAGAAA